UCGCUUCCUUUCCUUCCCCCGACUGGCAGGCGGGCCUCGGCGGCUGCAGGCGGCGGACGGGCGGACCGGCGGGCUGCUCCACCGAGCUCCCUCCCUCGCUGCUGGCUUCCUUUUGUCUUUCUGGGCGGCGAUGAGCACAAGGCCGGCGCGGCGGCUGCGGGCGCACGGAGGCCCGAGCUCCUAGCCACCCUUCCCGGCCUCGGCGCGCUCGUCCCGGGCAGCGGCCCGCGCCCGCCCCAGCGCCCGCGGCGCCGAACUUGGGCUCGGCGAGCCGGCAGACCUCCGCCGGAGCAGGGCAUGGUCUAGCAGCCCAGACAAGGACGUGGAACCAGCUCCCGAAGUUCUGACCCCUGCUCUGUCUCUGUCUCUGUCUCCACUUGGCCUUGGGUGCCGCCGCGGCCGCCAUGGGCAAGCAGAACAGCAAGCUGCGGCCCGAGGUGCUGCAGGACCUGCGGGAGAACACCGAGUUCACGGACCACGAGCUGCAGGAGUGGUACAAGGGCUUCCUCAAGGACUGCCCCACCGGCCACCUGACCGUGGACGAGUUCAAGAGGAUCUACGCCAACUUCUUCCCCUACGGCGACGCCUCCAAGUUCGCCGAGCACGUCUUCCGCACCUUCGACACCAACGGCGACGGCACCAUCGACUUCCGGGAGUUCAUCAUCGCGCUGAGCGUGACCUCCCGGGGCAAGCUGGAGCAGAAGCUCAAGUGGGCCUUCAGCAUGUACGACCUGGACGGCAACGGCUACAUCAGCCGCGGCGAGAUGCUCGAGAUUGUGCAGGCUAUAUACAAAAUGGUAUCCUCUGUAAUGAAAAUGCCCGAGGAUGAGUCUACCCCGGAGAAACGAACUGACAAGAUCUUCAGGCAGAUGGACACCAACAAUGACGGCAAACUGUCCCUGGAAGAAUUCAUUAAAGGCGCCAAGAGUGACCCGUCCAUUGUCCGUUUGUUGCAGUGCGACCCCAGCAGCGCGAGCCAGUUCUAAGGGGCUGGGCGUCUGGACAGCCAUGAGGAACAUGGGCUCGUCUCACCGUUUCAGCUUUGCUUGCAGAAGUGGAUGCCUCCCCAGUCAUUCCUGCUCUCUGGGCCCCAUGACCCGUGCACCUGCCCAGCUGGUGGCUGCGCCUCCCUCCUCUGGCCUCCUCCUGCCCCUCCUGGUCCCUCCCAGGGGGGUGUUCACAUGCAAGGCACACAGCGUUCUCACUUCCAGGGCACCUCCGUCUGGGGGAGCCCAGAGGACAGUGCCGAGGUUACUGGUGGGACUGUCUGAAUCGCGCCAAGACCAGCUAAUUUAUCCUGUGGUUGCAGGUGGCUGUGGGGAAGGUGGGGACAAGAAUGGAGGGAGUGUAGACAGGCAAACCCUCCCCAUGCAUGGUUCCACCACGCUUGUUCAUCCUCUGACCAAAGCCGCUUGCACGUAUAUAUACUGUGGUCUCCUUUCUAUUAAUAUAUAAAUUAUACAUACGUAUGGUGAAGUGAACUGUAAUGUGUAGGUCCCGUAUUUAAUGCCUCGAUUGCCUUUGAAGCGUGGUUCCCUGUGGCCUGUGAUCCCUCGAGCCUGGUUAUUUUGUGGUAUUUAUGUACUCAAUCUGCCUGUUUCAAGAGGAAAUGCAUGCCUGCCCAGAGCCGUCCAUGCUGUGAAUGCAGGCGUCCAUGCAAGGUCUGUCAUCCCUGUUGGCAUUUCCUGUAUUAAAAUGAUGAAAUAAAUGAAA